AAUAUUUUUAAAAAGUCUGGUAUAAUAUUUACUAAAUUUUACGAAGUUCAUUGUACCAUUGGUGAAAAUAAGUCUGACUCUAUUUUUAAUGUAAUUUUUCGUCUAGUCAUUGUCUAUUUGAAUUUGCUAAUUUAUUACAUAUAAUCGUGUUGAUUCUAUACCCUCUCUGAACCUCUUUAAAUCGUCCCUUCAGGGAUAGCUUUAUAGCUCCACCUAUAAGCCAGCUGCUACCUGCUUCCUAUGACCUAUUUUCAAAAUUCCCAAGGACUAAAAAAAUUGAGGAUGUUAUGAAUAUUUGGGAAUAUUCUAUAUUAAAUUGAUGCAAUUAUAGCUUCGAAUAAAGACUCAUUGAACAGUCAUUACGUUCAACUUAAAAAUAAUUCGAUAGAAAUAGUAGUUAAUUGGGAAAUAGUAGUUAAUUUUUCAUGGAUCUCCUUGAAAGUGACCUUACUGAUUGCCUUCAAUGCGAUGUUUGACAUUCAUUUAAUUAUCUACAAAUGAUGUUCUAUAUCUACUUUUCAUCGAAGGUCUGAGAGGAGAGAUAGAACCCACCAAAAACCAUUAAUUGUGAAGACCAAACGGAUAUCACAUACAAUAUUUACACUAACAUUUAACCAACUUAAAUAUCUGAACAAAUUGCGAAUAGAAAAUUAUUCAAAUGAGGGGAAUAUUAAGGAAAACGUUUGUUAAAUAGCAACGCCAAAGGAAUGAUAAACUUCUCCACAUCCGGCAUUGUCAUAAUUUCUACAAAAUGAAAUGAACAUUCAUAUUUAUUCAUGCAUGGUAUACACUGCGGGGAAAUCACUAGUAUACUCUUCACGGUGGGAAGAUUGUCUAGUGUACUCAUUUAACGGCCUACAUUACCCGAGUAGCGCGCAUACACUAUCAGUAUUUUUUUUAUUUCAUUUCCGUAACACAUGGACAAAUGUUUCGUAAAAAAAUACGGAACUCACAGUUCACUCGCCGUUUACGGAAUCGAAUCGAAAGACUUAUGAGACUUUUCAUUGUCGAUGCGCAUAAAAAGGACGGACCUAUAGUAUUCGGAUUCUACCAGACUAUUGUAAAAUUUGACGCUGUACCACGUCAAAGUCCUCGCAGCAGAUUAGUGCCCAACAUUGAAGAUCGCGCCUCCCAAGAAAGACUAGACAAUUACGAGGACUCCUCCAUAGUGAAAAAUCAAGUUAAUGACCUCGAAGAAGCCAAGAGAAGAAUACACGAAUUAGAAGAGAAAUUGCGUACUAUAGAGGCGAAGGUUAAUGACAGAAUACCGAAAAAUUUUCCAACAGUAAAAUUUCUAAACUACAAAAAUCGAAAAAGGAUUCUUGUCACUGGUGGAGCUGGGUUUGUUGGCUCGCACUUGGUGGACCGCCUGAUGCUUGAAGGACACGAAGUGAUAGUAGCGGACAACUUCUUCACAGGAAGAAAGCGCAACGUCGAGCAUUGGGUUGGACAUGAAAAUUUUGAGUUAGUUCAUCAUGAUAUCGUCAGACCACUUUAUCUAGAAGUCGAUGAAAUUUAUCAUUUAGCGAGCCCUGCUAGUCCACCUCACUAUAUGCUGAACCCAGUGAAGACAUUGAAGACUAAUACCAUUGGGACAAUUAACAUGCUAGGUCUUGCGAAACGUGUGGCAGCUAGAGUCUUGAUCGCUAGUACUUCUGAAGUAUAUGGAGACCCGAUGGAGCAUCCACAAUCGGAAACUUAUUGGGGUCAUGUUAAUCCUAUUGGGCCUCGGGCAUGUUAUGACGAAGGCAAACGCGUUGCUGAGACUUUAAGUUAUUCAUACAUGCGACAAGAAGGUGUGGAAGUGCGUGUUGCUAGAAUUUUUAAUACAUUUGGCCCGAGAAUGCAUAUGAACGAUGGAAGAGUCGUCUCCAAUUUUAUUUUACAAGCACUUCAGAACGAUUCUAUCACUAUUUAUGGUAAUGGGAAGCAGACAAGGUCGUUUCAAUAUGUCUCCGAUUUAGUAGAUGGGUUGGUGGCAUUGAUGUCCUCCAAUUAUACCCAACCGAUCAAUCUCGGAAAUCCAGUCGAGCAUACGAUUGAAGAAUUCGCGACAAUCAUCAAAGAUGCGGUGGGAGGUACCAGCAAAAUAGUCGAGUUAGCGGCAGUAGAAGACGAUCCCCAGAGAAGGAGACCCGACAUAAGUCGAGCAAAGAAGUUCCUCAAUUGGGAGCCAAAAGUAUCCCUGACUGAAGGUCUCACAAAGACAAUAGCCUAUUUUGAAAAAGAAUUGAAAAAAACAAAACAUUCACAAAGGCUCGUGAGAAUUCCGUAUGUCAAUGAUCAUGACAUUGUCGAACAAUUGUGAUUUAUUGGAAAGAAUUAUAAAACUACGGGAGAACGGGAGAAAAGAGUGCCAAAAGAACAAGUGUUUUAAUGACAUCAUUCCCAUGUGUAAGUUUUAUGAGUGAAAAGCUUUAGCAAUGUAUGGUAUAAUUUUAAUUGUACUCACUGUAAAUAGUAUAACUCGUGAAAAAGAUCA